UUGGCGUCUCCCCUUCCUCUUUAUAUUUGCUCUUGCUCCCCUCUCCCCCGCUCCCAAAGUUGGCGUUUUUAUCUCGCGGACUGCACGGAUUCGAGCAAGUUUCUGGGCGGUUUCCAUUCGGUGGUGUCCGUCGGCGAGAGCUCCGAUUGCGACUGGGUAUUGCGUGGAGUGGAGCGGCGGGACCAGGAGCAGGGCGAGAAGUUUGAUCCUGGGUUCGAGCUGUUGGGGAUUGAUUGGGUUUCAUCUACAGAGCUUUGGUGGAAGAAAAUCGUUGCGACUGGAGGCGGCGCAGGGGCAUGGGGGCGUGGGUGUCGGGCCUGCUUGGGGCGUACGGCGCGGCGGCGGCGGGGCCUGCUGCUGUGGGCCUGGGCGACCUGCCGGAGCGCUGCGCCGCCGAGGUGCUGCUCCGGCUCGACCCGCCCGAGAUCUGCCAGCUCGCGCGGCUCAACCACGCGUUCCGUGGCGCGGCGGGGGCGGACUUCGUGUGGGAGGCCAAGCUGCCGGAGAACUACCGGUACCUGAUGGAGUUCGUGGGGUCCGGCGAGGAGGGGAAGCGGCGGCGGCGGCGGGCCGGCAAGAAGGAGAUCUACGCGAGGCUCGCCAGGCCUGUGCCAUUCGGUGACGGCACCAAGGAAUUUUGGCUGGACAAGAGCAAAGGUAGGAUUUGUAUGGCGCUUUCGUCCAAAGCACUGGUGAUAACUGGGAUUGAUGACAGAAGAUACUGGCAACACAUGCCAACUUCAGAAUCAAGAUUCCAUUCUGUAGCUUACCUUCAGCAAAUCUGGUGGUUAGAGGUGGUUGGUGAAGUUGAUUUCUGCUUCCCUGUUGGAACAUAUAGCUUGUACUUUCGGGUCCAUCUUGGGAAGUUCUACAAGCGAUUUGGCCGUCGUCUUUGCAGCUCAGAGCAUGUCCAUGGUUGGGACAAGAAGCCUGUCCGCUUCCAGCUCUCGACCUCCGACGGUCAGCACGCAUUAUCUCAAUGCUACCUGGAGGAGCCAGGGAGCUGGGUCUUGUGCCAUGCUGGCGAUUUUGUGGCCUCAAAACCUGACCAGCAGAUGAAGCUGAAGUUCUCGAUGGCGCAGAUCGACUGCACACACACCAAAGGCGGUCUGUGUGUCGACUCGGUGCUUAUUUAUCCGAAGGGAUCCCUUAAGCAGGAGGGUGGUCAGGUCUCAGAAAUGAGAUUGUAGAUGUUGUGGAGGCAGUUACAUUAGGACGUUAGAUCAAUGCAGCUUGCAGCCUAAUCCUAUUUUUAAUUUGGGCUCUAGUAUGCUACAGAUGAAAGUGUAUAUGAUUGUUGAAUCAAAUUUUGUGUGGUCAGUGAGAUCAGAAGCGCUUUGUCAGUCCUUUCCCAAGGUCGUUUUUCCCCCCCUUGAGCUGAAUUGAGACUUUGAGCAAUCGAUUAACUGUACUGAAAUGAGGUCGAAUAUUUGAUUCCACUGUUUGUUA